CAUCAUCUUGCGUAUGGUAUUCAGUGGAAGGCUAUGUGUAGUAUGCAACCGUCUUUGGAAGAACGGCAUAACGGAUGUCGACCGCGCAAUCCUGAAAGCACGCGCUAUGAGAGCUUCCCCAACGCCAGUACGGAAUCUUGUACACGGGCCGAAUACGUCGGAAGUUGGAGUAAAGCACAUGUUCCAAACAAGCUCACCAGCAUGGCUCCAGGUCUUACUCCGCAUCCCCCCUCCCGCUCCAGGAUGCAUAGGAUACCCAGCUAGGAUUCAUCCACCCGAACAUGUGGGGAACCUGCAUAAUGGCACGUUAAACACUCUACGCUUCGCGAUACGUCAAUAUACCAUGGGGAUAUCUGCGCAUGUCUGAUCAUUAAGAUAGGUGGGCUGUUAAACGCACUACUCGUUCAUACCUUUGUUCAAGUUUCCUCUCAAAUACUCCUUAAGCGGUAUCGCCCCCAAGUAGCCCCACAUGUACACCAUCACCUUACUCCUGCUAUCCUUUUUAGUCGUUAUACUGUACACGCGAUACAACAGCAGGCCACCAUCUGGCACAAAAACUGCACCUGGUCCCGCUAGCCUUCCCAUCCUUGGGAAUGCACAUCAACUAGGCAAGCAACCGCACCAGCAAAUUACCGCUUGGGCUCGCGAAUAUGGCGAAAUCUACAAGAUUCGUCUGGGCUGGAACAACUGGUACAUGAUCUGCUCACCCGGAGCGUGUAAGGAGAUUCUGGAUAAACAGUCUGCCCACACAAGCUCUCGAACGCCGUUACCGGUAUCUGGUGAUGCACUGGGUGGUGGUAUGCGAUUCCUGUUCAUGGAAUAUGGACCGGAAUGGCGGAAGCUGAGAGGUAUCAGUCAUAAGCUCUUGACCCCGGCUGUUAGUGCGACAUUCAAGCCAAGUCAAGACUUUGAGGCGAAAAUGUUGCUUGAAGAAAUAUUGAAGGGUGCAGAUGCAGCGAAAGGGAACGGAGUUAGCUACAAGGCCAUCCGAAGAUACACUGUGAGCGUCAUCAUGACCAGCACGUAUGGGCGACGCAUUCCCAAUUGGGAUUGCGACGAAGUGCACGGUAUCUACGACAUAAUGAACGACUUCUCCACGAUCGCGAAACCAGGAACGUACCUAGCAGACACGCUUCCGUUUCUGGGCAAGCUCCCACCGCGACUACAGUGGUGGCGCAAAGGCCUCAAACCCUACUUCGAUAAACAAGCCAAUUUGUGGAUGUCUUUCUGGAGUACACUCAAAACUCAGAUGGAGACCAAACAGGCCCCCGAAUGCUUCGUCAAGCAAUUCAUCGAGAGCGAUUACGAGAAGCAAGGUAUAAGUGAGCUGCAGGCGGCGUUCCUAGCUGGCAGCAUGAUCGAAGCGGGGAGUGAGACCACAUCCGCGGCACUCAAUACUGCCAUUCUCUACCUCAGCGCGAACCCGAACGCACGGCAGAGAGCUAUCGACGAAAUCAGAGGUGUCGUUCCGCCUUCCCGAUCACCGACAUUUGAAGACGAGCCAAGACUACCCUAUAUCCGUGCCAUCGUGAAAGAGACUCUACGCUUACGCCCCGUCACCAACAUCGGUACGCCACAUUACACGACUGCGCCAAUAACUUACAAAGGUAUCCACAUACCUGCCAAGUCAGUCGUAUGCCUGCAACAAUACCCGAUACACUACGACUCCAAUGUAUUCGAAGACCCUCAUAGCUUCAUACCGGAGCGAUAUCUCAACCACCCUCAUGGAAGUGGACAUUAUGCAGCCGGCCCAGCUGCGAGCCGUGAUCACUGGGCCUUUGGUGCAGGCCGCAGGAUCUGCUCAGGUGUGCAUCUGGCCGAGAACAGUAUGUUCAUUGUGCUGGCGAAGCUAUUAUGGGCUUCCGACAUUUUGCCGCCGCUUGAUCAACAGGGAAAUGAAGUGCAGGUGGAUACUAGCGACGAAGCGUUUGAUGCGGUCGGAAGUACUACCAUGGCGAAGCCGUAUCUGGUGAGAUGGAAGGCGCGCAGUGAGGAGACCAAAGAGACGAUUUUGAGAGAAGCGACUGAGGCUAGGAGAGAUGGGUACGUGUUGAGAGGUGUCCGUGUUGGUGAGGAAGGUGUUAGAUCGUAGGCAUGUUGAUCUCACUACCACUUGUGGCUUGGUAGCUAUCGCUCAUCCCAACUUUGUUCAGACGUGCUUGCCAUAGCCUGAUUUGGUCGUUGCGCUUGUUUGUUGUUUGUCAUCUCCAUUUAGGGUAGGCGCUCCUCCCUUCUGUGUUUCCUUCCUCGGUCAACACUGCUCAUCCAAUACGCGACUGCUACAACUGGGAAAAUCUCACUCCACCUUUUUGAUCAUGUCG